UCAACCUCCGGUAAGAACGCCCAGAAAUCACUGCGACCUCAGUCUCUCUCUCUCUCUCUCUCAUCGCAUUUUCUUCAUCUCCUCCGACCUCGCGACCGCCGAGCGAAACCCCCCCACCUCGAUCCGCCAUGUUCCGCCACGCCGCCAAGAAUCUGCUCCGCCACCGCCCCGUCCCCACCACCUCCGCCGCCGGCGCCGCGGCGGCGAGGGCCCCGUCCCGCACCUUCUCCGCGGACGCCCCGGCGGCGCAGACGGCCGACGCGGGGUUCGUGGAGGCGUGGAAGAAGGUGGUCCCCAACAUCGACCCUCCCAAGACCCCUCUCUCCUUCAUGGAGCCGCGGCCCGCCACGCCGGCGUCGAUCCCCUCCAAGCUCACCGUCAAUUUCGUCCUCCCCUACGCCUCGGAGCUCUCCAAGAAAGAGGUGGACAUGGUCAUAGUACCAGCGACAACUGGAGAACUUGGUGUUCUUCCUGGGCAUGUGGCCACUAUUGCAGAACUAAAACCUGGAGUUAUGUCAGUGCACGAUGGAAAUGAAGUGACAAAGUACUUCGUCAGCAGUGGCUUUGCAUUCGUCCAUGCAAACUCAUUUGCAGAUAUUAUUGCUGUUGAGGCUGUACCGCUUGAUCGAAUUGAUGCAAGCCUGGUCCAGAAGGGGCUUGCUGAAUUCACCCAGAAAGUGAACUCGGCCUCCACGGACUUGGAAAAAGCUGAAGCACAAAUCGGAGUGGAUGUGCAUAGUGCUCUCAACUCGGCUCUAACUGGCUAAGCCUUCAAACCGUGGGGGCUGUUCUUGGUUGGUCAUUUUCAGCAUCACCCGUUUUCUUUCUUUGAUGUGCUUGAUUGAUAUCUAGAACCAACGUGAGAAGAGAUGUCUCCGACAUUCUGUGCUGGUCGAUCUUGCACGGUAAUUUCUUCAAUAAAAUAAUCCUCAAGUAAAAUUCUUCGGCUUUCUGAAUGGAAAAAUGGACACCUUUGAAGCUCUCUCUCUGUCUCUCUCUCCGUCUCUCUCUUUCUCUCUCGCGGGCAAGUGGAAGUGUACUUCAUGUUGAAUGAUGUAAAACAGUAGCAAGGGAGAUGCUAGUUUUCUUA